GGCUAUCUCCAAUCUUUCACGUUCACUGGAAAACUCGGUGCCGAGAGACUUACAACUCUUCACAAGUGCAUUCCAGCUUGUCAAGUGCUUCGCAUUUCCCAUUUUCCCAACAUGUCUUUUCUGCACCUCGUCGCAUAUGGGGCAACCAUUCUAGCAUUUUGCUUCGUCGUUCUGAGUUUGGCUUGCGGCUUGUACUACCUAGCCGAGCUUGUCGAAGAAUACACAGUCUUCACGAAAAAGAUCAUAAAAUACGCCACGGGGACGGUGGUGUUUAUACACGUGUGCCUAUGGAUUUUUGACCGGAAGCCAUUCUUUCAAAUACUGUUCUCGCUUGCAUGUCAUGGAGUGUACAGUAUGAACCUACAGACAUUUCCAUUCAUCAGUCUCACCAGCCCGCCAUUCCUUGCUAGUUGUGGUACGUAUCUGUCAUUAUUCUGGAUUCUGCUUAUCUUUUCUUGCUUACAUUCUCGGCGUUUAGUACUCGUUUUGAUUGAUCAUUUUGUAUGGUUCCAAUACUUUACUCGCCAUUACACGCCUUUCAUGGACAUUGCCGCCUUCUUUGGCGUAUGUGUCUGGCUCAUUCCAUUUGCUUACUUUAUCAGUCUCAGUGCAAAUGAUAACGCGUUGCCACUCAGUGAUCCCGCGGCUGCAGACGCUAUACCAUCGCAGCGAAAACAAGGUCUGUUCAAAACGAUCCUUGGCUAUGUUACUAGAAGGAAGGAUGACUCUCUUCCAUCUUCCCAUAUCAAUGUUCAGGAGUACAAUAUCACACCCAAUGCUGGUCUUUCGUCAUCUUUACGGAAUCCUUAUGGCGGCGGUGGUCUUGACAAUCGCAAAAUGAUGUAGAUUUUAUUUGCACUUGUCAUCGUUCGUAUCACCUUUUUUCAUACCAUCAUUAAUUGUAUAGCUCUUCACAUUGUCUUUAUAUGAAAAAGGAGUAGAAAGUGCUUUUGAAAACCAAACCGCCCGAUUAGAGCCAUCACAUAAA